CGAGGAUUUACGUGGUAUACCCUGAUUUUGGGCCAGUCCACGGGAACAGCAGCUCCGGAGUAUUUCUUUACUAUAAUAAUGGUAGGUUACAGAGAUUUUCUCGAUACAAGAAAUAGAACACACGGUGUUUCCCAAACAACCUCACUAUUCACUCACAAGGAAAUCUCCUAUCUACCCGUGGUAGUGAAAACGUUUCACUACCAAAACCCACAAAAGAAAUACGAACAGAAGCAGAGCAACGGAAUUGGAGAAGUAUGGAAUGGUAGGAUGAUCUAAAGAGCUAUUGGUGGUCUCCUUUUAUAGCCUAAGGAGAAGAGAGAGGGAAUUAAAUUCCCACCAAGUUUUUCGGUGCUAACUGCCUGCACCUCUC